GCUCAAGCUGUGGCUCUGACGGUAGCUCAGGCCUUCACUAUAGCGUUUGAACUCUGGCAGGUGGCCAAAGAAGAGAAAGGGAAACGGGCGAAGUCUGGUUCAGCCGGAGAGGCCAGCAGCAGCUCCCACUCAGAAAGAUCCAACAGCCUGGGGAGCCUGAAGGGGACAGAUGUGGCCACAGACAACCUGUUGGACUUUGAGGACAGUGUGCAUGUGACGGUGGAGACCAAUGGGAAUAUAGAGGAGGAUCAGCUGGAUAACCACCGGCCCUCUGAGACCAACAACAACCCCAAGUUGGAACUAGAAGAUGGUUUGGAUGAAGCUUUUUCCAACCGUGCUCUGGAUAGCUAUGGUUCAUGUCCAGGUAAAGUUGAGCUGUUACAAGCCUUACCUAGUGAAGUAGUGCUAAUUACUAACCUACCUGUAACCCAUUUCAUUCAAUCACACACAAACCAAAUAUCCUAGUAAUGUUAGCAAUAGCUUCCUGUGUCAUUUGUUUCCUUUGUGAUAAAAUAUUAGCUUAGUUUGAAUAUAAAGUCAUUUCCUUGUCCCUUUCCAUCUCAUUUCACCAACAAUUGCGCUUCUAUCCUGACAACCAUCUUAAAAGUCUGUUUGUGUUUCUGAAAUGUUACUCCACUAAAAACACAAGGUAUUGUAUGCUGUUUUGUGAAAGUAUGGCAGUAUCAAACAUUUCAUCCCACGAUUCGAGGACUGAACUGAACGUCUUGGAGUAAUCCUGUUGACCUCCAGAAAGAUUUAGCAUAUAUUAUUAUCCCAGAACAGAUAGACGGUGUGCAGCCAAACCUAGGUAUCUUAAUUAAGAGAAAUCUAGGCUUUAGUGGCACAAUAUGUCUUGGAAGCUGCUCUGGAGGAAGUAUUCGAAUCACAACUUGGUCCAAGCUUUAAGCGGAGGAACAGCAGCUAUUGUAGCUUAGUGAGAUCAGGGCUGAAGUAAAAAUAAAAAGUGGUAACUAAAUUCAAUCAUACCAACACAUGCUGUUAUUUGGAAAGCUUAUUAACGAGCUUAAGUUAUUUCAUUUAUUUGUAUUUAGACUUUAACAGAGAUGAAACCAUGUCGUUGUUUUGCAAGUCACACAU